AUGGAUACUGAUGAACAUGAAAAUCAAUCUAACACAGAAAAUGCAAAUGAUGAAGCACAUGAUGACGACGAUGAUGAAGAAGAUCGAGAUUUGGUUACGGACUCACGGAAUCAAGAAGUGGAUAGCGAUGAUAACAGCGACAUGAGUACCGACGUUAAUGAUGAAGACAGAUAUGUUGCUAUAAUUAAAAUGAAAUUAGCUACGGCAAUUCAAAAAGGUCGUUCUUUAAUUAAAUUGGUCAAGCGUUCGCAAAUCAUCACAAUGUUUGUUGAUAACGAAAAGAAAUUAGCUAAGAUAAAGCGUCGCUUAUAUAUCGACUUGGAUCAUAAACCAGUUUUAAUUAGUUUAUUUGAAAACAAAGGACAACUACCACUUACUUCCAAGCAAAAAGAAAAACUGACUUUAUUGGAAUUAUCGAGCGAUGACUACACGAUCUUUAAUACAUUGAUUGAAAUUUUCCAACCUUUUUAUCGUGCCACAAAUUUGCUUAGUGCUUCAAAGUAUCCGACAAUUGGAUUAUAUCUUCUCGUCAUACGCGAACUGAAAGAACACUUCGAAAAAGAAGAAAACAAUGAUUCAAACUUAUUGAUCAGCUUGAAAAAUUUCAUUCUUGAAUCGUUCGAUAACUAUUUUGCUGAAAAUGGCAAUCAAAAUUUUUUCCUAACACUUUAUGGAUAUUUCGAUCCAUUAUGUUAUCGCGUGCUGAGUACAAAAGAACGAAUGAAAGUCGAACGACAUUUGAAACAAAAACAUCGAGAUCAAACCAAUUCUCAACCAACAACANUAUAA